AUGAAUCACGAGGAGAAUGCCGCACUGCGGCAGAAGUUUGAAUUAUUGAAAGGAGCUGAGCAACAUAAGAACGCCCUCAUAGAGGAGCGUGACGCCUUCGUCCUGGUCCUCAUUGACGGCGAUGGGAUGAUCUUUAAUGAACAAUUGAUGGCCAAGGGUGAGGCCGGAGGCAAAGAAGCAGCCGGCUUAUUGUGGAACGCGGUAGCAACGGAUGUCAAUCGCCGUAUACCUGACCUGGGGAUCGAUUACAAAAUCGUUACACGAAUAUAUGCAAACUUGAAAGGGCUCGCGGAUGUCUGCCACCGUGCUGGGAUGCUCGACUACCCAUCCCUCUUAGAAGAUUUUGCUCGUGGCUUCACUGGCUCAAAGCAAUUAUUUGACUUUGUAGAUGUGGGAACAGGCAAAGACCGUGCUGAUGAUAAGAUUUCUGAAGACGUCGCUGAAACAAGCAUAAUGAACUCGAUAACACUUCUUGAAGGCGUGCCGUUCGAAAGAGAAUUAGAGCAGUUGAAAUCACUUUAUUCAGCCACUAAAUUUGACGGCCUCUUCCGUACGGAAAAGAUCAACAUCUACAAUACUCAGAAUCGUGAGACGCAGCGUCCAGCGGCAACGGCGCCUCCACAGAGCAACGGACUUCAUCAGCCCCCGCAGUAUCAAAGUACUUACCAAUCCAGUCUCCCACCAAUCCAACAACAGCCAUCCCAAACCCACCAAAUCCAGCCACAGCUGCGAACUACUUCCUCUUCUUCUGCAUCGUCUGCUCCUCUCAACGCCGCUGCGCCGACAUGGGCAUCAGCAGCAAUGAAGCCAGCCUUGGCGUCUCCACCCUUAACGCCACAGCCCGCCAAAUCUGUCAUCCCACAAGUACCACGGAACAGACUUGGCCAGCGUGUGGACCCAGUGGGCACGUAUGACCCUCAAGAGGUAAAAAGAAUUAAAUCCAAGAAGAUGUGCAACGUUCAUUUCCUUCGAAACGACUGCCCUUACGAUCCUUGCACGCACGACCAUUAUUUUCAGCCGACCAAAAACGAAUUGGCAACUUUGAGAUACGUGAGUCGCAUGACACCCUGUAAAUUUGGGCUGGAGUGCGACGACUUGAAAUGCAUUUAUGGGCAUCGAUGCCCGGUUGAUAGGGAGGGUAGCAAGGAGUGCAAGUUUGGCGAGAACUGCCGAUUUGAACUGGAAUCGCAUGGAAUCGACCGGAGGAUCGUAAAUGUGGUCAAAGUCGGUGGGAAAUGA